AUGCCUCCCAGGAUACCAGCGCGCUUGACGGCGCAGUGCUGCCGGGCAGCUCUCGAGCCCUCCAAGUCGACUCCCCUCAUUGGCGCUUUCGCCGCGCUUUCAGUCCAGACCCGCAGUGCUUCCAUUCUCGCCGAUCUCAGAGACAACGACGGAGCCUACCAGAAGCGCAUUCGUGUUGGUCGUGGUCCGUCUGCGGGCAAGGGAAAGACGUCCGGAAGAGGUCACAAGGGUCAGAAGCAGCAUGGAAAGGUGAACCCGUGGUUCCAGGGUGGUCAGACACCCCUUCUGUUCUCAAGAGGUAAACUGGGUUUUGAGAAUCUUCGCGCUCCCGUCAUGUCGGAAGUGAACCUCGAUAAGCUGCAGGAGUGGAUAGACCAAGGCCGAAUCGACCCUACGAAACAAAUCACACCAAAGGAGAUCAUUCAGUCGAACCUCAUUGGUACCAUCAGGGAUGGUGUCAAGAUCCUCGCCCGUGGUGCAACCAACCUCAAGCAGCCCAUUGACAUCAUGGUCUCGCGCGCCUCCUCGGCGGCCAUCGAUGCCAUCGAGAAGGCAGGCGGCAAGGUUGUGACCAGAUACUACACAAAGCAAUCAAUAAAGCGACUGGUGGAGGGCAAAAGUGUCAACACUGCUCUUCCUCUGCCCGUGGGGCCUGAACAUGUUGGCCCGGUACUGGAGCAGGUCCGCCAGAAGGGCUUUUUCUACAGAUUACCCGAUCCCACAAGCCGUUGGGACAUCGAGUACUACAGAGAUCCGGCACACAGGGGUUAUUUGAGCCACACCCUCAAGCCAGGCGAGUCGCCAUCACUCUUCUUCAGGGUGCCUCCCACCAAGCUCGCCAAGUCGAAGAAGCAGAAGACGGCGAAGAAGGAGGAUACCAAGCUUUGGGAGAAGUUGUAG